AUGUUGGCUGGUGACUACAGAACAUGCAAAGCGUGCGCUCAAGUACUUUCUUGCGACCGCUUCAGCGCAGGCCAGCUCAGCAAGAACGCUGAUGAAUGCGUUACGUGCAAAACGUGUGUCAAAUUCGCUGUCUGGUUACAGUUUGAUAGUGACGAUAGCGACAACAGUGCCGAUCUCCAUCUAAAUGUGCAAGCGAAUACACCCCGGAGUGUUGGCAGUGUAGCUGUACGUAUGAAAGACAAUAUUCGCCGGAGUGCUGGCAAUAUAGAUACGCGUGUGGUUGGAAAGAGCACACGAACGACCAGUACACGCCACACCUGCAGGGCAUGCGCUCGGAGCCUCCCGUCAUUCCGAUUCAGCAAAGCCCGGUUUCCUGAGAAUGCAGGAGCAAUUAAAUAUAAGGCUUGUGUUUUGAAUGAGGUAUGGGGAGAGAAGAACAAUGGUAGCGUUGAUAGUAGUGGCGCUGACAACGUCAUCAGCAGCAAUUGUAGUAGCGGUAGUAAUAGUGAUGUAUAUACUCAUGGUCUGAUGACAUGCAUUGCCUGUCAUACUAUAAGACGGCACGACGAGUACAGUGCAACGCAGUGGGAGUUAGGUAAGGGGGUGGCCAAAUGCAAGGAUUGUGUGCUCAACGGUAUGUCUCUUCAGGUUGAUAAAGAUACAGAGGGUGUUCAAUGUGGCAAUUUUUUACUUAUGUGUUCCUCAUUCUACAUGAGUUUGGAUGGGUUUCAGUAUUAUGAUCUUGAAGAGAGGUAUAAAGGGCGUUUUGCGCGGUGCAAAGCUUGUGUGGGUGCUACUUUGGGGCAGCGUUUAGGUAAAGAUACGCACACAUACGUGUGCUCUGUGUGCAAUAAGAAUACAACAACUCAAGACACACACGUGUACCGGGAGUGGCAGGCGGCAAGUGAGCUAGCAAACGAGCGAUUGAUGUAUUGCAGUGUAUGUCGUAGUGACAAAGGUCCAGUGGACUUCAGUCACCACCAAUGGGUACUGGGAAUUAACGGUGCUGCGAAGUGUCUCGACUGUGUGCGUGGGACCAGCAGAUGGGGAUCUACCGUGCCCAUGGUACAAACCCAGGACACCAGUGCUGGUAUCGUCGCUGAUACAAUCCUCCCGGCUGAACCCUGUAUCAGAUACAGGACAGCUAACGCGCUGAAUUUGGCGCCCGUUGAGUCGCAGUUGUCGCAUGCUGAAAUGGUUGCGUCGGAUUUGUCACACGCUGAAGUGGGCGUGAUUUCGGGCGGCUCGAGUAGUCAACCACCAUCUAGCCCCGACAGUAGUGGACAAGGCAUUGGAAACAACAGUAUUAACGGAUUGCAGACCAGCACAGUAAGUAUAUGUCAUCCUGGCCCUCUAGUGCUGGACAGGUCACACGCUGAUAUGAGCGUAAAUUUUGGCACGGCAUGCGUUCAAUCAACACUUGCAGACCGCGUUAGUAAGCCCGUCCCCGAUAGUACUCAAGCAGUGGCUGCUGACAACAUUGGUAAUAGCGGCGUGCAGAAGGGCGCCACCCGCGUAUCACAUACUCAGCCUGGCGUGUCAGAUAAGUGGCGCCCUGAACUGAGUGUGUAUGCAGGUGCUUUAGGAGUUAAAAGGGCACUUGAUGACUAUACCGGCAAGCCCAGCACCGACAGUACUCGAAAAUUCAUUGAGAAAGAUAAUGGUAGCAGCGUUGUGCAGAGUGGCGUCUCCGUUGAAUCAUUUCCGAGUACAAGUGCAUCGAAGCCGCAACAAGCUUCCGGAUCUGCUGACCACAGGAAGAUCAGUUCUGUCGUUGAUAUUACUGAUGAUGUCGGCUUUAGACAUAUUGCUGUCGAUAGUAACAAAGAUGAGAGUGGUGAUAAAGAGGUCUUUUAUACACCAGCGUAUGCGGCGUUACAAACACCCACAAUCAACAAGCAACCCGAUUCGGUAAAAAUCUCCCCAGUGGACGGCAAUGAUCCGAGACACGCGGUAAUGAUAAACGGACCUGCAUUGCAACCUAAUGUGGUAAAAAUCUCCCAAGUUAAUGGCAAUGAUCCGAGACACACGGCAGGGAUGAAUGAACCUGUAUUGUCUCCACGGGCAGAGGACAUGUUAGAGGUACUGAGUGUUUACCAAGAUGCUCUUGAGGGCGAGAAUGAUCACGACAGUAGCUAUAUUGAAGAAUUUGGUAUGGGUGGAAAGGUGUUUCUAGGGAUCAAUAUGGAAAAUAGAUCUAUAAACUCUGCAGUCGAACCGACGAGUGCCCGGCUUGUAUCGCAUAUGGAAACUGAAGCAGCUCCCGAGACUCACAUAAUAGAAAUUCCCGAUCUACAGGAAUCGGGUUCUAAAAAAAAGAGCCAAUCGUUGCUCUUUCUGCCUGUCUUAGGUGCACUCCGGCGCUACAUAGUGAGUAAAUCGCCUACUGAGUCUCACUCAAAUAGUUCCCAGUAUGACAAUAAGGUUGAUUCUACGCCACAUACAAAUGCCGAAGAGGAAAUUCAGAGCGACCAAAGCCACAAAUAUCAAAUCCGGAAAUCUACAACAAACUGUCUGAAAGUACCGACGGAUUCAGCAAGAUGGGGUGCUUCCAUCUCCCCAGCGGCAGUCCUGCAAAGCACACAUACUGCUGGCGGUGUGCACCAGAAAGAUCACUACAAGUCGAGCGGCAGUUCGAGCUCGUCUGCAAGCACACUCACAGACUCUGCGGAGUUGAACUUGAAUACACAUAUUAGGAGAUGGGCUGCUUCCGUUUCUUCUUCAAAAACAGAAUUGGAAAGUUCUGAAAGUCAAGUCGAUCGGGACAAACGAGACUGCCCCGGGACUAACAGCACAAUCACCAUCUCUGAGCAGAAACGUAGCGAAAUGAAGGCGCGCAGCAACACGCGGCAUUUGGAUAAAUUUGCCAUUGAAGUGGAAACGCUUGACAAUGGAGUACGGCAGAUUCAUACAGGUCAGACCGGUGGUGAGACUAGUAUUGUACACAGGCCUACAGUGGAACGGAUACCAGACCACUCUAGCCCACAUACAAGUUCGAACAGCCCUACAAGUCUUUCUAGGGUAUUAGAUACACAAAUUACUGAUACGUCAACGCGGACAGCACGCCCAACAGCACGCCGAAAUCAAACAAGUCAGACGCUUGGCGGUUCACAUUCUACCGUUGGGGUACGACAGACUUCAAGUGAUCAGCGUAGAACUAGAAGUUCUGGUAUAGGUAGUAAUACGAAUGACCCUGGAAACGUUCCUGGAGCAUUGAACGGUCCGUACACCGUUAUGGCCUCGCAAACGGCUCAGCCUAUGUCCUCCCAAAUAAGAAAGAAACCACUUCCUCGAACAGCUGAUACCGGUGAAAAUGGGGAUCAUUCCAGUGGGGGAAUACCGAACCUUCCUACGGUAGUGGACAUUCCAAACACCGAAACGUUCACUCAACCAACAAGACGAAGCCGCUGGAGACCGACCAGUGAGGAGGUACCCUCGUCCGUUAAGUAUAGAUACGCAAAGCGUGAGCAGGACGUGGCACACCGCUCCGGAUUAAGCAGCAAUCCGGAUGAUGCCGAGAGUGCUUCUGGAGUAUUAGGCACUCAAAUCACCGAUAUUUCUUCUCGCACAACACAGCGAACAAUCCCUCAAACAACUCGACGUGAGACCGGCUCUGGUCUGCCCUCUUCUGUUUCAGCGUCGCAGGGGACAACAUAUUCAAGAACACGACAAGCACCAAUACCCCAUACACCCUGUAUAGCCUGUGGUAGUACUGCAGAGCAAGCCGCGAAUCCGAGCGGUAUAGCUUUGUGCGCUUUUUGCCGAGCUAUAAACGAAGCAGGGAUCCAUUCGCCAUCGCAAUUGAGGCACAGAAUGAAUUCGAUAGACGAGAUUCGGCUCGUUGGUUCCCCACCGCAUAGGCCUCGAUUAACAUCCCGCGAUGUGAUUUUGCUGAACAGGGAUACAUCGUACCCAUCAGAUUCUGACAGAGAGUGUGCCAAGUGCCAUGUGAGUGUGCCCGACAUAGAGCUCAUCAGUAGUGACGAGUGUGCGCUCUGUCGCUUUGAUACAAGAAGUUCAACACCACUAUCCCGGAAUCUCGCCAACGAGCCUAUGAGGAACUGCCAAGCCUGCGAUGAAGCCCUAAGGGAGUUUUACUACUCUGAUGGGCAUGCAGAAUGCGACCUUUGUCGAGCAAUUGGGCCUCCGGGAGAUUAUAGAAUCCAGUCUGAAGCAAUGGAGCGAUUUGAAGAGGAAAUGAUGCCGUCGUCUGGAGUACUAGACCCUUCCGCUGCCAGAGCUUUAUACGAUCUCAUUUCACCCCCGCCAAGAGGGUAUGUCCGCGAUAAACACUUGGUUCUGAAGAGAAUCCCGGGAGAUUGGAGUGAAAGCUCAGAUGUUGAUACUGAAUGUGCUGUUUGUCUGGAGGUGAUUCUCGCAGCUUCGUGUCAGAAACCCGAUGAGGGCGGCCGGAAGCUGGUCUGUGGGCAUGUCUUCCACGAUUUGUGUGUGCGGAAUAUGCUUCUCCUCGCCCCAAAUGAUAACUGCCCGGUGUGUCGCCACAGUUUAAAAUGAUCAUAGCAGCUCGAUAUUUCUUAAUAAAUUUAAGGAUAGUAUUGACGCCCGCUAAAUGCGCCGUGCUCAAUCGCAUCACUUAAA